GUUGACAGAACAGAACACGGAUGCGGAAUUAUUGACGACGUUUCAAAUUCUUACUCAUUUAUUUAGAUUUUGACUUUAUUAAAUAAAAACGGUGGAUUACUCAGAUUACUGUCUCCUUCAAUAAUAUGCUAUUGUUUAGAUAUAUAUUCCAUGUUAUAAUAAAUUGUUGAAUAUAAUCGAAAUGUAAUAUUGUAUUGGAAAUACCAAAAUCGUUAUAGAAAACUCAUUGUCAAGGAAACGCCGGCUAGAAAUCUUAACAAGUGAUAUUUGCAUUUCAAUAGACAACAUGGCGAGUAGUAAUGUGAUAUUUUCAUCAAUUAUUAUUGUUGGAUUAUGUACUUUUCUGAGUCAUGUAGGAGCUCAAAAGACAGUAAUAGAAUUAAAUGAAGAUAACUGGACUGAUAUGUUGAAAAAUGAAUGGAUGGUUGAGUUCUAUGCACCAUGGUGUCCGGCAUGUAAGGCAUUGGAGGAAAUUUGGAAAAAUUUUGCUACACAAUCUUCUGCUCUGGGAAUUAAAGUAGGAAAGGUGAAUGUUAUAACAAGUCCAGGAUUGAGUGGGCGGUUCAUGGUCACUGCACUUCCAACUAUAUUUCAUGUAUUAAAUGGAGAAUUCAGACAAUACAAGGGUACUAGGGAUUCAGAAUCCUUCAUGACUUUUAUUGAAGAAAAAAAAUAUGAACAAGUUGAACCUGUUCCAUCAUGGAAAUCUCCUAAUUCUCUUCAAAUGACUAUUGUGUCUUCAUUCUUCAAACUGUCUCAGAAUUUGAGACAUAUUUUACUAUUCUUACAGGACCUCCAUAAUAAAAUGACAGAAGACUUUGGCCUACCAACUUGGGGCUCAUAUUUGAUUUUUGCAAUUGCUACUAUUUUGAUGGGUGCCAUACUUGGAUUGGUCCUUGUAUGUUUACUUGAUCUUAUCUAUCCCCCAAAACAAAUGAGCGUCCAGUCUAACACGAGUGCAAAAAAAGAAAAAGCAAAAGAUUCCGGUGAUGAAUUGGCCGAUGAAGAUAUUAGAGACGACUUGAUUGAUGAUGCCAGUCAGUCAGAUGGGGGCAAGCAUACAGAUUCUGAUUCUGACCAGAAUUAUAAAGCUAAUACAACACCAAAUAAAAUGAAAAAACGAAAACCAAGGAGAGCCGAUUAAUAGAAUAUCUAUGAAUAAUGCACAAAUUAACUUAUUGUGAAGCAGAUUUAACAGUUCGGUUAAUUUAUAUUUGUUAGUUUGAUUUUUAUGUUAUAUUCAUAUAAUUAGUAACUUAUUAACUAUUUCUAAUAGAAACAAACAUUUUCGUUUUUUGAUGCAAAUGGAGUUCCAUCAGGUUGUCAAUUAUAUCUUUCUUUUUAGUGUAUUUGUUUUAUAAUCAUCAACAAUCGUUAGCAGCAAAAUAAAUCUUGGAGAAAACUGUUUUAUAAGUAAUAAUAUGCUGCAAAUUGUUUGUUGAAAAUCGAAUCAAUGUUGGCAAAUAUUUAUAAUUUGUAAGAAGCGAUUAUAUUAAUAUUAUGCUGUUUAUAUUUAUCAUAAUCCCAUAUUUUAAUUUAAAAUUUUUUUUCAUUGAAAUUUGUUUUGAAAUAUUUAAUUCAAACAAUUAUAUAAAAUAUCCUUCAAUCCUAAUUGAAUUGUAUUGAGAGUGAGAUAAAUAUCACAAAUUUCAAUUUAUAGGUAAUGCAGGUAAGUUAGAAAAUAUGUUACCAAAUCAGUGUUGACUCUUUCUAACUUUGUUAUGGAAGUUAACAGCUAAUAACUCUCAAAAAAGAAUUGUACCCCUAUAAAUAAUAUCAAGUUCAUGGCUCUGCUUCUUUCAAAAAAUGUUUUUCUCAAGAAUAGUUUAGUAACUAAAUUUUUAAAGAAUACAAAUAUUUAUUUAUGCCUUGUGCAAAUACCUAUAUAUUUUUCUAUUUUUUUCAGUUUUUAUUUUCAAACCAGGGUUGGGGUCUCUCUAAUUAUUAUGGAUUGGUAACGUUAACAAUAGAUAAAAAUUAGUAGAAUUCCAGCUCUGGUUCUAUUAUUAUAGUAUUUUUUUGUUACCUUUCCAUUUUUAAAUUCUCAAAUAUUGAUUUAUAGAAUUAUUCAUUCCAAGUGGUUGUGUAUAAAUGAUAUGAAGUUGUAAAUUUUGUAUAUUUGAAUAUUUUUCAUAUUUUCAAUAAAUGAAAUGAUGAAACAA